CUCUCAUGUAAAAAAUUAAAAUUAAAAUCUAACUCAUUUUUAAUCACAAUAAAGAAAGCAACGAAUAUAAAUAAAAGACAAUUAAUUAUAUUAUAAUUUGUAAAUAUAAAUUAAGUAGAAUCUGAAAAAAAUGAUGAACUUAAGUAAUAGCAGUUCUAAAAAUGUGAAGCUGUAAAAUAAUAUACUUUAAAAUUCUAUUAUAAAAAAUGGCAAUAACGAAGCUUCAAAGAAUGACUUGGAUGCUGAUCAAUCUCUUGAUCCUUCUAAGAUAGGAGAAUAUAUUCAGCUACUUCAAGACUAUGAAAAAAAUUGCUUAAAAGAAUAAAACUUUAAAGAAGCUGAGCUUGUUACAAAGCGUAUUGAAGAGUUAUAAUAGCAUGAAUUAGUUUAUAGGUCUUUAGCAGUUGUUGAGAAAAAUAAAGAAGAAAUAAAUGAGUUAGAGCAACUAAAUUUACAAUAAUUCAAUGAAUUUAAUGAAAUUUGGGAUUAAAUUAUAGAUGAGCAUGUUCAAAAGCUCAAAUAACUAGAAGAAAAUAUGGUAUAGUAGCAUUAGCAAGAAAUUAUAGUUAAAGAAUAGGAGCUACAAUAAAUAUAACCUGGCAAAUGCAAAUACUCUAAAGAAAUAUUGAAUCUUAGAUUUGUUUUAGAAAAUCUCAUUAAAUGCAAAAAGUAUGGAGAAGCACAUGAAGUUAAGGAAAGACUUGCAAAACUUGAAAAGUAAGAAGAAGAAAAAUGGGUGAAAGUUCAUGAGUAAAAAAUUGAAAAGAAAAGAGAGUAAAUAGUUUUAAAGUAAAAGUAAGAAAUGGAAGCGCUCUAAGUUAGAUUAGAAAAUUCGUUGUAAGAAAAAAUAAAAAUAAGAACGUUAGAGCUUGAAAAGUUAUUGCAAAAGUUUUAAAAUAUGAAGAAUGAGCUUGAAGUAAAGCAAAACUAAGAGCUAUCAAAAUUACAAGUAAUGAAUAAUAAAACUAUGAGUAAGUUAGCCUCUAAAGGAUCAAUUAUGGGUUCAAAUUAUAUCAAUACUUUAAAUGGAUCAAGAAUAAAUUCUUGAUUGAUAUUAAUAAUAAUCAAGCCAUAAAGGCUAAAACUAAAGCAAUUAUUUCACAUAAAACCAUUAUAAAAUAAUUAAAAAGUUUUGAAUUUAUCAGGAUAAGAAGCAAAAUUUUAAAUUAUCUACUUAAAAUAUCCAUAAAGUAUAUUUGGAUAUAUUGAUUGUUAGAUCUUUAAUCUUUAAAGGAUCUUAAUGAAUGAAUUAUUGUUUGUUUUAAAUUAAAAUCAAAUUAUUUGUAAAUUAUAAUUUCACCUAUUCUUUUCUGUAUACUAUAUAUAUAUAUAUAUAUAAUUAAACAUUCUACUUGUUAAGUAUUUCCUUCCUUACACUAACUACAACUAAAUAAAUUACUUUGAAAAUAUU